AUGAAUUAGUUAAAUUCAAUUUAAAGUUCUCUUGAUACUCAGAGGAAAAGAAAUAAAUCCCUAAAAUAGGAGAAAUCGUAUUAUGAAUAAGCCAAGAGAAGAAAAAGUGUCUUUGUAGAUUAAAUAGACAGCCAUAGUUCAAAUUAGAUAAUUAAAAAUUACAAAAGUUUCUUGCCUUAAAUAAAAAAGAAUCAAGUAAAUUCUGAUGGGCAGGAUGUGUCAAUUAUACUUAAUCAUUUCAAAUUGUAUUAAUAAUAAAAUGUAAAACCCAAUAAUUGGAAUUAGUUUUUUGCUUCAAUAUGGGACUUUAUUCAAAAAAAUGGGGAUAUCUAUGAUUUAUACCAAGAACUUUUUAAGAAAUUGUUAUUCCUGCAAUUCUAGCAAUUACAAAAACAAAUAUUGGAUCUAUGUUACUAGGAGAAAAUCCUAAUAACCCUAGGUUAUGAAUUACAAUAGGAUCAAUUAUUUAACUAAUUAUUUUCUUAAUUUGUACAGAAUUAUUAAUUAUGCUUAUAAGAAUUGUUUUCAAAAGGCAAAUUUAAUAAAAAGCAAUUAUAAGAUGUUUAAUCAUUAAUACAAAUGAACAAUAUUAUUGAAUACGUAAAUAUAGAUGUUCAAUCUGAAAAAUUUCAAUAAGGAAAUAGUACAAUUUGGAUGAUAAAUAGAAAAUGUAAUUAGACAUAAUAAUAUAAACUCAAUUUGAAAAUCAUUAGAAGAUAUUUUGCAUUGUGGUUGCAUGAAGCUAGAAAUCUGGAAAUAAUAAAAGUACUGCCAAGGUAAUUACUUACUGCUUCUCAUCCAUUCAUUAAUGCAAAAUUAAGUUAACCAAUUUUAAUUGUUGAUUUAGAUGAAACAUUAGUGCAUUUUGAUUAAGCAUCCAACAGACUGAUGAUCAGAAACGGAUCAUAAUAGUUUUUAUAACAAAUGCAUAAAUAUUAUUAUGUUAUAAUUUGGACUGCCUCUCUUCCAAGAUAUGCUAAGUGGGCUCUAAAGAAAAUUGAUCAACAGAUUCAUUAGUAUAUUGAUGUUUUGCUGACUCGUGAAUAUUGUAUCCCUCAUGAAAAAGGAUUCUAUUAGAAGAUACUCUCUAUGCUAGGAUAAGAAUUAAGUUUGUUACUAAUAAUUGAGAAUGAUUAUAGAAGUGUGAUUGAUUCUGAAAAAGAUCACUUGCAUUUGAUAGAUUCUUAUUUGGGUUAGGAUGAUAAUGUAUUAUUUGACCUAAGCAAUCGUUUGAUUGACGCAUAUAAAUUUUACUAAGAUGGAUUUAGUUUGUAAAGAGCAUUUAAAAUGACUUCAAUAAAAUAAAAUUGA